UUUAAAUUUGAUCCGAGUGGAAGAAAACCCUAAUAUGCUUCGCUUCUCGCUUUAUAUAAAGCUGGAGCCAAACCUCAUUGUUGGAACCUCGGCGGCGUAGCAAUUCACUGAAGGUAAGUGAAAAUGGCGGUGCCGUUGCUUACGAAGAAGAUUGUUAAGAAGAGAGUUAAGAAGUUCAAGAGGCCACAAAGUGACCGCAAGAUCUCUGUCAAGACAAACUGGCGUAGACCGAAAGGUAUUGAUUCUCGUGUCCGACGAAAGUUCAAGGGAUGUACUCUAAUGCCCAACAUUGGCUAUGGUUCUGACAAGAAGACUCGUCAUUAUCUUCCAAACGGUUUCAAGAAAUUUGUUGUCCAUAAUGUCAAGGAGCUUGAAGUACUGAUGAUGCACAACAGGACUUACUGCGCUGAGAUAGCACACAAUGUGUCAACAAGGAAGAGAAAAGAGAUCGUGGAGCGAGCUGCUCAGCUUGACGUUGUUGUUACGAACAAGCUUGCCAGGUUGCGCAGCCAGGAGGAUGAAUGAAGAAGUGGAUCUUGAAAUAUUGUGUUUAGGAGUGAUAAAUUAUUUUCCCUAUCAAUUUUGGUGAUUUUGUUGUUUUCCAGUCACUGAAUCUCGGUGAAUCAGGAUCCUUGUUAUGCAAAGGUUACUGUUUUUAUCGAUUUUGUACUAGAAAAAUCUGGUUUUAUUGUUUUCGAGUCAGUUGACCUG